CACGCCACUUGUGAACUGUUUAUGGAGUCGAUGGGGUCGAUCUCUCGAUGACUCAAAGCUUGCAGCCUGAUUCAUAGACGCCAAACUGGCCUUUUGAUUUGUUUUUAACUAAUUUUUGCCAUCCAUCUCCAGCAAUCUCUGCUCCCACCAAGCUCCCACCAUCGAGCCUUGUCAGGAGCUACACCACGAUGCACUGGAUAUCGCUAGCACUGCCGACGCUGCUCCUGGCCUCACCAGCAGUAUGCGAUAGAUCGCAAAAGCCACCGGGCAAAGAUGCCAUACUCUUAUCCAAUGUCAAAACCUUAACGCUUCGGGGCAACCGCGAAACAACCUCUCGACGUGUGUCCCCCAUCCCCCAGCUGAGCUGUGUCGGGCCCUCCAAGAAAGUAUGCGAUCUCUACCGGAUCGAUGCAAUGCGUUGCACAAAUGAUGGCUAUGACUACGAUGCCGAAGAUGUACAAUGGACUUGUACAGCCUCACUGCCACCCGAGUUCAAGCUCGGCGCAACAGACGUCGUGUGCGAAGGGUAUCGGAAUUCAGAGGAUAAGUGGGUACUCAAAGGUAGCUGCGGUGUCGAAUACCGUAUGCUCCUCACGGACCAGGGAGAGAAGAGGUUCGGAAAGGCCAGUGAUGACUACGAGUGGUCUUCCCUGUUUGGGAAAGCAAAGAAGACAUCCGGACGUGGUUGGAAGAAGGGGGUAGAGACCGUCGGAGACAUCGUGUUCUUUGGUUUCUUCGCUGCUGUUUUCUUGUUCAUUGUUGGCCGAUUUCUUUCUGAAUGUCUUGGUCGACGGAGGGGGAAUCAGAGAGGUGGGACUACUGGACGAAGAUGGGGGUGGGGAGGAGGCGGCGGCGGCGGUGGUGGUCGUGGUGAUGGCUUUUAUCCGGGGCCUCCGCCUUCAUACAGCAGCGCCUGUGCUGAUGACAGUUCCAGUUUUGGAUUUGGAAGUCGACCUGCUACGCAGGGCUGGCGACCAGGUUUCUGGACGGGAGCAAUGGGUGGCGCUGCAGCGGGAUAUGAGAUGGGCCGGCGGGCUGGUUCCAAUAACCGAGCUUCUUCUCGACAAGAAGGAUCAUUCUUCGGUCGACAAAAUAAUUACGACGCUGGAGAGAGCAGCUCGCAGACACGUUCGUCGCCAUCGUUCUCAACCACGUCAACCAGCACUGGAUUUGGGUCGACAAGGCGUAGGUAGUCUGUAAGCCAUCUUGAAAAAUAUUUACUAGCACAAAACUUAUGAAUACCAUACUGUUCGAGCAAUUUUGGCACAAACGAUAUGGAAAAUAGUGAGAAUCGAUGACGAGAGCUCUGUCUAGCAAUUAAGAAACGCCAUGGCUCCGACCGUCGGCUAAACCUAUGUAUAUCAUCCAUGAAAAGGAAAAACGCCGCAAACCUCCUGGUGUAUCCAUCCCAAGUACCGAACCCUGUAGAACACCCGCUUUGAAAAAGGGAAAUAAAAGCUUCAAGCCAUGGGAAUGUCGUCGAUAGAACCGAGGACUUCCUCCGUACCACCACCGGCCGCAUUCUUCACGUUUUUUUUCCGUUUGCCCUUGAUGGGAACGCCGUUGCUCUUAUCGCCGUUGGAAGCAGCGUUGUCAUCGACACCUGUGCCAGUGGGGUUGCGCAUCAGGUCCUCAUGCAGCUGCUUUUCCUUCUCGUGCUGCUCCUCAAUGCGUUUCUUUUCGUCGUCCAAUUCUUGCUGAAUGAUCUUGGGGUCCUCGUAAACCUGGUUGGUCAACGCAGAGUAGGCCGCGAUGUCGAUAGUCUCACGCGGCCCAAGAAGAGUAUCCUUAAUCCGCUGUGGAUCUUUGCGCUCUUCAUUGUUGAAUUUCAGCUUGAUCUGACGGCGAGACCGUCCCGGGAAAAGCUUGCUGAUGACCAUGAAGUCUGUACCGAACAUGCGCAAGCCGCGGUAGAACAGAUCGGUCAUGUCCUCAUCCCAUGAUUCGUUCUUGGUACGUUUGCCGUAUGUGGCCUGGUUAACCUUCCGAGUAAGCUGAUUUUCCACCACGUCCUCGAGGUCGCCUGCAGCUCGCGCAGCAUCUGCAUGACGAUCCACUUCCAGCGACGCAUUGUCCAGCACAAUCUCGCCGUUGACGAUGCGCAUGACUGGUCCAGACUG